CUGGUAACGAGUACAUAUAAAUGAGAGGCGAUUUCGUCCAAGACAAGGAACAAGAUUAGUUUCGAAAAGAUACAGUGAAGACCAGGGAAGGAUUCUCUCUUCGAUUGAACGAGCUUAAACAUGGGUUGUUCAAUAAUCAUAACAGCUGUUGCUUUUCUUCUUUGCCUUUCAUAUUCAAGUGCAUCACCGGUUUCUGACAGGAUCUCUGCCAACCUUGAAGUGCAUAGGCGCAUAGCCAGAGGCUUUCCUGGAUUAAAGCUUUGCGGCGGAGGAAUGCCAACUAAAUGCUGGGCCCAUGAGUGGAAAUAUCAAUGCUUCUUUGAUACCUACUGGUUAAAUUGCAAAGUCGACUUUAACGGGCCUAAAUUGGACUGUCCUGUUUAUCAGAACUUUUAUUAUGGCAGUCUGAAAUGCUGUUACGUUAAGUGCCCCUAGAUAAUUGU